GGGGUCGUCCGGGCGGUGUGCGGGGCGUCAGUGGGCAAGCUCUGCGAGGUCUGCUUCCUCCUCAACCUCUUCAUGAUCUCGGUGGCCCUCCUCAGAGUGGUGGGCGACCAGCUGGAGAAAUUGUGUGAUUCCCUGUACCCCAAUGGGACACUGAGCGGGGCCCCCCCGCAGCUCCCCUGGUAUGCAGACCAGCGCUUCACCCUCCCAGCUCUCUGCGGCCUUGUCAUCUUCCCACUCUCCGUCCCCAGGGAGAUCGGCUUCCAGAAAUACUCCAGCAUCCUGGGCACACUGGCUGCUUGCUACCUCACCCUGGUUGUCAUUCUGAAGUACCACCUGGAGGCAGAGAGCCUGGGCUCGUCCGAGCCCCCCCAGCCCUCCAGGGCCUCCUCCUGGGCCUCCAUCUUCAGUGUCAUUCCCACCAUCUGCUUUGGCUUCCAGUGCCACGAGGCCUGCGUGGCCAUCUACAGCAGCAUGCGCAACCAGAGCUUCUCCCACUGGGUCGCUGUCUCCGUGCUCUCCAUGCUCAUCUGCCUGCUCAUCUACUCGCUCACCGGGCUCUACGGCUACCUGACCUUCGGCGAGACCGUGGCGUCCGACGUUCUCAUGUCCUACCCAGGGAAUGACCCGGUCGUCAUUGUCGCCCGCCUGCUCUUUGGCGUCUCCAUCGUCACCAUCUACCCCAUCGUGGUGCUGCUG